UUGUGAACUGAUCAAACUGGAUUACGACAGUCAAAAUGACCAACAGCAGACAACAGAAAUUUCUGAAUGGGACACCGGUUGGCAAAACGGACCGGAAAAGGUGAUCGUAGAAGUACGAGAAACAGCGACUGAGACUAUAACUUUUCUAGAGACAAGCACUGUAAAUAAUUCCACAGAACCACUAGAGGGACCCGGACCAAGUAUAGUUGUAAGGCCUGAAGAGGCACUCAUUGUUAUUUUUGUACUGAUUCUAUGGAUAGGCGCUAUCGGAUUGUUCUUCCAUCGGUGGGGGAAAAUUCGAAUGCUGGAGCCUUAUCAGCCAAAGUUCAUUCAACAACAUCGAGGUUCCUGUCCAUUGGUAGAGUUAGAUCUGGACUUACCACCCGUUCCACAGAGAUCAUCUCUAUCGAAAAUGUCCCUGGGCCUGCAGUCGACGAUGACAUCUGUCUGUUCGGGAGGAUAUCCCGGCUAUACCCGUCCGCGGCAGAAUUCCGUCUUCGUAGGGCCGCACGUGUUUUCGCCGCCACAGCCACCCAGGAAAACACGCUCGGCCGUCGACAUCCACUCGAUGAUACUGAGCGAGGGCGAGUCAGAAGCGGUUUAGCUCCGCCCGUGGCCCGGCGUCCCUCGAGUGGUCCAACUGCACCAAUAGAUGAGCACAAAAAGAUGCAUCCUACAAAACAUUUCAAUAUUUUUGUAUCAUGACAUACCGAUGAUGUAUUUAUAUUUGACUUUCAUUUUUAUACACAAUUACUUGUUGAGAGACGUUAGCAGAUGCGAUAUUAUAGACGCAGAUAUUAUAAACAGAAUAUAGCCUCGUUGAACAGUAGAUCAUUUUCUCUCAUAUUGAAAGUGUUGUUUAUACUCAUAACGUUUUACGGCCAACCUGGACGUUAUUCCUAGAAAGUUGAAAUGGUUAGAGCAUGCAUUCUUUGGUAGAUCACGGGUUUUGCGUGUGUUAGAGUGAAAUUCAGAUGGAACACAAUUUAUGAUAUUAUGGAGAAGAGUAAAUUCUAAAAAUAGCCUAUUAUUGGUGAUUAGAAAGUACUGAAUAGUAAAGCAGUAGUAUAUACAUCUACAAUUCUACAGUUUUAUACGUUUUCUUAGGAUGCAGUCAUCCCAAGCUGGGAUAGUGUCGAAUGAAGAUAUAUAUUCGCUACAAACCUGCAGUUAUAUUUGACCGAGGAAAGAAUUAUUCAGCAAACCAAAACGAUGCGCCAAAGCUUCUGUCAAUUUUCCUCAACAUGAAAUAAAAAUCAAUUCCUGAGCCAUAUGAUCUACCUUUCCAAAGUUUUUAAUGAUAUUCAUUAGAUACUGACAAACGAAACUCCUAAACAAAUAUUCGUUUCACUCAAGUGAAUAAAAUAUUGAAUAUUAUUAGUAACAUACCUAUGGAAUACAAAAGAAAGCCAUCAUUUGUACAACAUAUUAAUAGGUGUCUAAAUAAACUCUAAUCCCCAAAUUCACUUCAAUCCCUAUACCAAAUAUGUAGCAUUACCAUAAAGCUGUAUAACUAGAGAGUGAUUGUUAACGAAGACUAGACCAAAUGAAAGAAUAAACAACUUUUAACUAGAGUUAUCAAAUAAAAAGGUGAA